AUGACCCUGUCUGAAAUUGCUGAAGACGUGAUCAGUGGGGAAAUUCUAACAGUCGAUCUUGAAUUUCGUAACGUCGGUCCAGUUCCGAUGCAAAACUUAUAUGUUGCUGUUUCCCAUCCUGACUGUAUGAGCGUCGUCAGCGCGGAUGAUGAUAAAGAUGACUUUAAUGUACUUUACGAGGAGAAGUAUAGAGAACAACCUGAGUAUUCUGGUUGUCCACCAGAGAGUGAGACGCCUACGUCUACUGGCAGAGGACCUAGUACGUGUGCCGUGUUCGUCUCCCGUCCGGAACGACGCCAGGUUUUGAACCUG